AUGGCCACAGGCGAGUGGCUGCUGAUGAGACAGGCACGUGCUAGGGCGCGGGAGCGAGGCGUGCUGGUGGCAGAUCUGGUGGAGGAAGGUCAGAGCGUGACAGUGGCUCGGGGAGGGCAGGGCGGCAGGGGCAACGCCUGCAUGGGUCGAGUGAAACCGUGGCAGAUGGAAGAAUCGGAUUUGUCGCAUGAGAAGGGCAGUGCAGGGAGCAGGGCGGUGGUGGCUCUAGAGCUCAAGACAGUGGCGGAUGUGGGGCUGGUGGGGCUGCCCAAUGCUGGCAAGAGCAGCCUCCUGCGCGCGCUCUCCCGUGCCAAACCUAGAGUGGGCUGGUACCCCUUCACCACCCUGCACCCUCAGCUGGGUACUGUGAAGGUUGGGGGAGAGGGUGCCUGGGAGGGGGACGACGGGGGUGGGGGAUGGAACGUGCUGGGGGCGGGAGAGGCGAGGGGUGACGGCGCGUGGGGGGGAGACGGGGACGAGGAAAAUGAGGGGGAUGAGGAUGUGUUGAGGGAAGAUGGAGGAUUCGUAGGAGGAGGUGGAUUGAGAGGGUUGGAAGGGGUUCCUGGUGGUGAGAUGGGGUUUACAGUGGCAGAUAUUCCGGGCUUGAUAGGCGGCGCACACAGGGACAGGGGGCUGGGGCUGUCGUUUCUAAGGCAUGUAGAGCGCACCAAAGGGAUUGUUUACGUCCUCGAUAUGAGUGGCUCCGCUACCGGUACUGUCUCAGGUGACCUUGGCGCCUCCGAACCAGGCGCAACGGAACCGAGUGCAACCGAACCUAUUGCAACCGAACCUAUUGCAACCGAACCUAUUGCAAUCGAACCUAGCGCUACCGGACCUAGCACAGUGUCGGCCGGGGCCCUCCCCCCUGGCAGCAGCUGCAGGUGCUGGUGA